AGUGGCAACGUGACCGCGGCUACUAUUCGACGGCGGCUGUCGAGUGAAAUGCUUUUACAAAUUCAAUUGCGAUUCAGCAUUCGUUCGAAGCGGUCGUGAAUGCGCUCGCGAAUUGCGCCCCCAUUGUGAAUGAAGUGCAAUCUACUGGCGAUUUAAAGUUCCCAGACAAGAAAAACCGUUAAAAGUGUUUGUGAGACGCCCACGCAAAAUAAAAAAUACCAGCCAACUACAACUUCAAUAAAGAAUAACAAGAAAAUUCUGAUUGGAAUACAAAUGCCAAGUGCAUAAAAACAAAGAGAAAAAAAAACUGUCAAGUUCUAAAUUCGAAAUCGACGCAUUACCGUUAGAAUUUCUAAUUUUUAUGUGCAAAUCUCAAAUGGAUAAUUAAAAUUGUGAUUAUAAAAAAAUUGAAAAUACACGAGAAAACAUUAUGUCGAUAGUGUGUCCGUUAGAGAAAAAGUUGAACAUUUUCCAAGAGACUGCAACAGGCACAAAUUUGUUUAUAAUCAAUCACAACAGCAACAACAACAGCUGCACGGAUAAACUUUACAACAACAACAACAGAAGUCGUUAUACGCAGUUUGCGACAACAACAACAGCAACAAAACAUAAGGCACAAUUUACGCACGGUUACGUGGAGCAACAGGAACACCAACAUCAUCAGUACAGUGAACACCCGCUGGUGAGGGACAGCAGCGAGUAUUUAACGCAUCAACUGUUGCUCAAGCAGGAGCAACAGGAAGUGGCUGACUUGCGGCAGGAAAUGCCCGAGGUGCUCGCCGCCCAAGGUCACGGCAAGGUGUCCGGCUCCAUGAUGAACAGCGUACGGAUGGCGACCAUAUCGCCGACACUCUCCAUGAACGGCAGCUCCAACGAAGCAACCAAUUUGCAUCCGCUGUCCAUGUAUGGCGGCUCGAUAAGUCCACAGUCGAAUGACAGUGGCAUGUCCGAUGGACACAGUCACGGUCACGGUCACAGUCACGGCCUGGGCAAAUUUGGGCCGGGCAAUGCCGGUUAUGCGCCACAGAGCAACGGUGGCGGUGGAUCUGGUGGUGGUGGUGGCUCCCAAUCGACACUGACAGCCGCACAAAAGGAGCUCUUCUCGCAGCGCAAACAGCGCGAAUUUACACCGGACAACAAGAAGGACGAGAGCUACUGGGAUCGGAGGAGACGCAACAAUGAGGCAGCGAAGAGGAGUCGCGAGAAGCGACGAUACAACGAUAUGGUCUUGGAGCAGCGUGUCAUCGAGCUGACCAAAGAGAAUCAUGUGCUCAAGGCGCAAUUGGAUGCCAUACGCGACAAGUUCAACAUCUCCGGUGAGAAUCUGGUCAGCGUCGAGAAGAUACUCGCCUCGCUGCCCACCAGCGAACAGGUGCUCAGCAAUACGAAGCGCGCCAAGAUGAGCAGCAAUUCCUCCGCCUCCUCCUCAUCAUCAUCGUCCGCAUCCUCAACGUCGUCGUCAUCGUCCAUGUCGGGCUGUUCACCAGCGGGCGCUGACGGCGGAGGCGGCGGUGGCGGCGGCAACAGUUCACCCACGGCACACACACACAGCAGCUAUGGCGGCGCACAGGCACCACCCCUCUCGCCGAUCAUCUAUGCGGCCAACAACCGCUUGAAUGAGUCAGCUGGACCAGCUGUGGCAGCCUCGUCCAUAAAGAGUGCUCAUCAUGUGCAGCAGUUGCAGCAUGCAACACAACCACCCACAGCAGCAGCAGCAGUAGCACCACUCGCAGCAGCAGCAGCUGCAGCAGCACAGGCAGUCACACACACACACCCACACACACACGCACACACACACGCAUAUCAGCAGCAGGUGCAACAGCAGCAGCAGCAACAGCAGCAGCAGCAACAGCAACAGACUACCAUGCAUCAUCCGGAUGCAUCGCCCGCCAUUGCCAAUCUGCACGUGCUGCAGCAGGCGCUGCAUCGCAAUGUGCGACCCGAGGACUUGGACAGUCUGCGCAAAGUGGUCGCCGUCGGUGCACUCUACAAUGCGGCUGGUGUUGGUGUUGGUGCCACGCCCUCCUCUGCCGGCAGCAAUGCCAUCUAUGCGCCGGGACCGGCUGCCUCGGCUGCCGCAGCUGCUGCCUAUGUGGCGAUUAGCAAGGAGCAACUGGAGGUGGCCAGCUAUCUGCAGAGCCACAAUGUGGUCGUCGAGAGCAGCAGCGUCAGCAGCAGUGGCGGUGCCGUCGAUGCCGUCAGCAGCAGUUGCUCCUCGGUUGUCAGUUCGGCUGCUGCCAGUGUCUUGAAUCUGUCCAGGAGAGGCGCCUGCUCUUCGCCCAGCUAUGAGCAUAUGCUCUCAUCGACCACAUCGUCCGCCGCCUCGUCCGCUUCGUCGUCGGGCGCCGUUUCUGGUGAUGAUGAGCAGGAGCACGACAUGACCGAUGACAGCGCACACAAUACUCAUCAUCAUCCACAUCAGCAUCAGCAUCCACAUCAGCAUCAACAUCAACAUCCACAUCCACACCAUCAUCAUCAUCCACAUGGCGUCCAUCUGGCUGCAACGCUGCAACGCACAAGUCCACAGCAUGGAGGCAGCAGCAGCAACUGCAACAGCAACAACAAUGUCGCCAGCGAUGCCAACAAUUGUCUGCCCCUCAAGCUGCGCCACAAGUCGCAUCUGGGCGACAAGGAUGCAGCGGCAACAGCGCUGCUCUCGCUGCAGCACAUCAAACAGGAGCCCAGCUGCAAUCUGCGCGCAUCUCCGCCAGCGUGGAACGAUGGCGGCGACAACUCCAGCGAUGAACGCGACUCGGGCAUCUCCAUUGCCAGUGCCGAGUGGACGGCACAAUUUCAACGCAAGUUACUCGCGCCCAAGGAUCCCGCCUCUGUCUCCGCCACCGCCUCCUCCUCCUCCUCAGCGGUUGCCUCCUCCGUUGCCGUCUCAGCCGUUGCUGGCUCCAAUGUGGGUGGAUCCAAUGUGGAUCGCGAUCAAAUGCUCAAAAGCCAGCUGGAGAGACUCGAAUCGGAGGUGGCCAGCAUCAAGAGCAUGAUGAUUCUGGCAGAGUAAGGAGCAAGGAGAAUGUAGAAUGAAGAAUAGAGAGAGUGGAGCGAAGAGAGAGAGAGAGACAGAGAGAGAGAGGAGAGAGAGCGAAGAGACAGACAAGAACAACAACAACAACAGAAUUGUAAAAGGCAGCAAGAUUUUGGCUUAAAAGAUAUUCCCUUCCAUUGGAGAAAUCACUCUCAACUUGAGAAAGAGAGAGAGGGAGAAAGAGAGUAGCCAAAUGUCCAAAAUGUGCUUUCAUUUUCUGUGCAGAGUUUCAAUAAUCGUAUAUAUAUAUAUAUAUAUGCGAUAAGCUAUAAAGAUCUCGUUUUAUUCGGAGCCACAAAAAUUGUUUGGCCAAUCCCUCAAAAAAAAAAGCAAAAAAAACAAAUAAAAAAAAUUAAAA